GGGCCGCGCUCUGAUUGGCUCACUGCCGCCCCGACGCUCCUCUGCCGCGAGCUCCGCCACAGCAGAUGGACCUCUCGCGCUCUCCUCCUUCUGGAUGCACGCGCCCCAGUGAUUGUUUCCAACGGCGAGAGAGCGAGCGAGUUGACCGAGGAGUUUACCGUUAACGCAUAGUUCAGCCGUAUCGGGCGAGCAGAGGACAGACGGGAGGAGGAGGUGGAAGAGGAGAACCGGAGAGCCAGCAUCCACCGGGUUUGUUCCCUCUUUCUGGUGACUGAAAACAUCACACAGUCUUCACUACGCUCCUCUCAUGCUGACUGAGAAUGGAUAAUACAGAGUACGGGGUUCAGAUUGGAGAGAACAAGUUCAUCAGGAAGGCAACAGUCCUCUCACAUCUCAAGACGUACAACCUCUACUAUGAAGGACAAAAUCUGCAGCUCAGACACAGAGAGGAAGAGGGGGAGCUGAUCGUCGAGGGCUUGUUGAAUAUCUUCUGGGGCCUGCGGCGACCAAUCAGGCUUCAGAUGCAGGAUGACCACGAGCGAAUCCGACCGCCCCCCUCCUCUACGUCCUGGCACUCGGGUUGCAAUCUGGACAGUCAAGGUUCCCCCAACAGCACAGAUGGUCAACAGACGACACAGCAGAACCCGCCCAUAGUGGAAGUGACGGCACCUGACAGCCAACCAGAGGACGACGGGGAGAUGGAAGAACAGGCAGAAGAGGACAGUGAGAGCUCCGCUCAGCUCCUCAGAACGAAGAGCGAUGCCGGCGUCUUAAGACGCGGCCAGCGGCGGUCACCGAGUGACCAGAGGAAGAUUCGACGCCAUCGCUUCUCCAUCAACGGACACUUCUACAACCAUAAGACAUCAGUGUUUACUCCUUCUUUUGGCUCCGUGACUAAUGUUCGGAUCAACAGCUGCAUGAGGACGCCUCAGGUGCUGCGAGUUCUCCUCAAUAAGUUUAAGAUUGAAAACAGCCCAGAUGAUUUUGCGCUCUACCUCGUCCAUACAAGUGGAGAGCGUGUGAAACUGAAGCGAAGUGACUUUCCUCUGGUGCUGAGAGUAAUGCAGGGUCCAUGUGAGCAGGUCUGCAAGGUUUUCCUCAUGGAAGAAGACCUUGGAGAAGAAGUCACAUAUGACGUGGCGCAGUAUAUCAAGUUUGAAAUGCCUGUCCUGCAGAGUUUCAUCACCAAACUGAAAGAGGAGGAGGACAGAGAAGUGCAAAAACUCAGGAGAAGAUAUACGUACCUGCGGUGUAUAAUUGAGAAGCAGCUCGGUGGUCUCCCAGAGGGGCCGACGUGUAUGUGAUCUGUUCAUCAAACUGUCAAAAGUACCACAUCCUCCACCCAACUGGGAGAAAGAGUGACCAAGAAUCAGAUGACAACAACCCCAAUGUAUGUGUUUCAGCGAUUAUCCUGCUCCUCCUGGACUCCUGCCUCUGCAUGGACUCUUUUCUUUAAAUCAUCCAAUCAAUCAACAUACAGACGAACCUUUAACAUGCUGUAUUAAUGUGCAUGUUAAGUGGCAGCAUUUCAGCAAUAGUCUUUACACACAAUCACCUUUUCUCGUUGUCAUCGCAUACAGUGCACACAGAAACGCAGUCCUCUACUCCUCAGUAAUUUUAACCUUUUUGCACUGCAGUAUUUUGCAGAAUGACGGAUGUCGUGUCUUCUGUUUACCCUUCAGAUUGCAAACUGAUGCACACAAAUUUAAAGCACAAAUAUCAUAUAAUUUGAUCUUAAUAAAGUGCCUGUUAAAAGUUUUCUCCAAGCACAAAGACACAACUUUGAUCUAGUUUAUGAAGUUAUUGCCCUGUAGAAAAUUCUCUUUUACCGGAAAAUAGAACAACAUCAGACCACACAGUUGAUGUGAAACCGACCUGCUGCGUGCCUUUUAUGUUGCUCGCUGUUUGAGAAUUUGUUGAAUAAUGUGUGAUUGCAUUGACCCUCUCCAUUUCAUCUCCGCUGAGAAGUUCACUGCAAGGAUUAUUGAAGGUCGUGUGAACAGAUAAUCUGGUUAUGUUGUGACCUAGAGUCUGUUUUUCUGCAGGCAUUCAAACUGAAUGUUAACGACAAUUUAUGUUUGAGGUUAAAGGAAUAGUUUGACAUUAUGGUGAAAGGUUUUCUUAAAGAUAGUUAGAUGAUUAGCUUAGCAUAGCACAAAGACUGGAAACAGGAAGAAAAGCUAGCCUGGCUCUGUCCGAAGGUAAUAAAAUCCACCUAGCAUCACCUGUAAAGCUCGAUAACGAACACUUAAUUAUUAUUUAAUCCGUACUAAAACAAAGUGUAAAAACAACAAGUUGUAGAUUUACAACGGGGUUUCCGCAGAUACAUAAAAAGCCUUAAUUUGUAUUAUAAUGUCCUAAAUGUUAAAACCUCAUCAAUUGGUAACAUCUAUUUUAAUACUCGGAGCAGAUUCAGAGUCUGCUAGCUAGCAACGACAUGAGGUAGUUGUAGUAGUAGAAGUGUUAUAUGUUAUAAUAAGUAUUUGCGCAACAGUCUCCCGAAGUAAUAGAUGUUUUUUUUCUUUCAUUUUGGUUAUUGUAAAAUUGGUCUUAAAGUCCUAAAUCUAACUUGCCUUAAAAUGCAGGAACCCUGCCGGACUAUUUCUUGGUCCGGACAUAUUUUGGCACAUAACCGACUGUAAAACAGCAAUUUGUUAUUUUACUCUUCGGUUUUUGUAAAGAAUAAACAAACGGGGAAUAAAGUUUUAAUUAUUUAGCUUUAGAGAUACUGGUUGGUUGUGUUACCUUUGGACUGAGCCAGGAUAGUUGUUUCCCCCCAUUUUCAAUCUUUGUGCUAAGCUAAGCUAAUUGGCUGCUCGCUGUAGCUUCAGUAAGAAAUCGAAUAUUUCCCAAAACUAUUCCUUCAAAGCAUCAAUGUGUAGGAUUUAGUGAGAUUCAUUGGCAGAAAUGGAACAUAAUAUUCAUAAAUAUGUUUUUAUUACUUUAUAUCUGCAUAGGGAGCGGGUCCUCUGCCACAGAGUCCGCCAUGUUUCUACCGUAGUAACGAUGUAGAAAGAUGCCCUUUAUUCUGCUGUACCUGAAGGCCACUGUCCUCUUAAACGCUUUGGGGAUAUUCAUUCAGUUAGUUGCUAUCUGCAACCUCUCUGCUGGAUGCCACAAAAUCCUACACACUGCUCCUUUUUGUUUAUUUAAAAUAAAAGAAAGGAGUUUUGCUUUCUGAUGUAUUGUUCUCACUUGCAUUCCUGCCUUAUGUAAGAUGACAAGAAGAAGUCAUGUUGAGGUUUUAAAAAGCACAGUAAAAUACUGUCCGGUCGAUGAACAACAAAAUAAUUCGUCACACGAUGACUCCUGUCGGGUUCGACUAACUGAACAAAAAUAUUCACGGGUGGACACGAGUGAAAUCCCACAAGACUGUGAAUUAUACCGAUCUACAUCUUUGUUGGAAGAAUGUUGUAAAUGUAUGAAUGAGCAUUUCAAAGCACAAUUUGCCUCCAAAUGUACAGCGCUUUGCUUGUCUGCCUGAUAUCUCUUAACAACCGUGUGUGUGUGUGUGUGUGUGUGUGUGUGUGUGUGUGUGUUAUUGUUAGUGACUGCCUGCUUUUGUAUUAUGUCUUUUACAAAAUAAUGAUCUGUAAGAUGUUAAGAACUCAUGCCACUACUUGGAAAAUGUAGGUUUUUUUUCGUACAAUGAUUGUUAUUUAAUAAAUAAAAGUUAUCUUGAGAAAAAAAGA